AGAUCUGGGUGACAACCAUCUUUCCUGCGCGAUGGCGUCUACCUCAGUGUCGCCGGUGGCAGGGAAGGUUUGUGUGGUGACCGGUGGUGGCAGUGGCAUUGGUGCUGCUUUGUGUCAGCAUUUCGCAUCCUUGGGUGCGAAGAAGGUGGUCGUUGCGGACCUGAACGAGGCCGCGGCCUCUGCGGUGGCGCAAGGGAUCCAGGGCCUGGCCGUGCGCUGCAACGUGGCGGAGGAGAUGGACCUCCGGCGGCUGCUGGCCGUGGCGGAGACGCUGGGACCCGUGGAGAUCUUCGUGGCCAACGCCGGCAUCCCGUGCAAUGGCGGCUAUGAGGUCCCCAAUGAUGAGUGGGAAAGGAUCUUCAAAGUCCACGUGAUGCAACACGUCUUCGUUGCCCGGCACCUCUUUCCGCUGUGGCAGCAACGCCCGGGCGAGAAGCACCUGGUGAUUACAGCCUCCGCAGCCGGACUGCUGACACAGGUGGGGUCUUUGCCCUACAGCGUGACGAAACAUGCGGCCGUUGCCUUGGCGGAAUGGUAUCAGAUCAGUUACCAGGAGUUUGGUAUCCAGGUCUCGUGUCUGUGUCCGCAGGCCGUGGAAACUGGAAUGAUCCCCGAGGGGUCACAAGGUGGCGUGGCAGGUGGGGAUGGGAUGCUGAAACCCGAAGAGGUGGCCAAGGAGGUGGUGAAGGCCAUGGCUUUGAAGAAGUUUUUGAUCCUGCCGCAUCCUGAGGUGUUGACCUAUUUCCAGCGCAAGGCCUCAGAUUAUGAGCGCUGGCUGAAAGGAAUGGGCAAACUCCAGAAGAAUUUCGGGGAUUUGAUCAGGAGGAGCCCACCAACCUCUGCCGCAAAGCUGUGAGGCCAGUUGCUUGGCGCCUUUCUUGCGCCUUUUUGGUCGGAAAAAA